AUGCCUCCAAACGGACACACAGACACAGACACACCCACUCAUACACGCAUACAUCCACCACCCCCGUCAGUUAUUCCCGACCGGUUACGUCCAGAAUACUCUAAUCCCAGUCCUGCCUACCUGCUUGCAUACAGACGGACAGCUCUUCCAGUAGGUACGAACGGACCUACAUGGAUACCUGGUACGGAGCAGCCCGCAACUCCAUCGCCAGAUCAUGCGCUUUUACUGUUUUCGGCUGAGUCUGGCCGCUUCAUUUCUAUUGCCCCUACUGUAGCAUCUUGGAAGGACUCAUACUUCCCAGUAAGUAAAUAG